AUGCUUUUCUUCAAAUUCGUCAUUGCUGCUGUUCUAGCAGCCACAAUCUCCGCCAGCCCUGUCCAAGUUGACGAAACUGUCACUGGUGAAGUCCUACAAGGACGAUCUGUAGAGUUUACUCCCAUCAUCGAAAAGAGAUCCUCAAGCCUCAAGACUCGUUCCCCUGAUGGCGUACUCUGCCCUAUAUGUCCUUAUGGACCCUGUUGUUGA